AUGAUGCAAUGCAGCAUUGGCAUUUUCAUUCUAUCCAAUCCAAGUUCCAACAAAAACAAUGUGAUACGAAUUCCAAUCUCACCCGAGUACCAUUCCAUUCCAUGCGAACCUAUCAAUGCCAUUGGCACUGUAAAUACUGCCAGGCUAACUGCUGAGGAAGCUGAGCUGCUUGAAAAACAAUCCGGAAUUCUUUCUGUUAUGCCUGAGUUGAGAUAUGAGCUCCACACAACUCGGACGCCCCAGUUCCUUGGAAUGUUAGGCGGCAUAAACGAAGCCGUCUUCCCGGCAUCAGAGAAACUGAGCAAGGUGAUUAUUGGAGUGGUAGACACCGGCGUAUGGCCCGAGAUCAAAAGCUACGAUGACAAAGGGCUUGGGCCAGUGCCAAGAAGCUGGAGAGGGCAGUGUGAGGAAGGCAAGAACUUCAACUCCUCAAGUUGCAACCGAAAACUCAUUGGUGCGAGGUUUUUCCCAAAAGGGUUUGAAGCAUCAAUUCUUGGACCCAUUGAUGAAAAAGUAGAAUCAAGAUCACCAAGAGAUGUUGAUGGCCAUGGAACUCACGCCUCAACCAUUGCAGCCGGAUCUGCAGUUCCAGGAGCUAGCCUAUUUGGUUACGCUUCAGGGACAGCAAGGGGGAUUGCUACACAAGCUAGAGUGGCCACAUAUAUAAGGCUUGCUGGUCUGGUUGGUGCUUGA